UUAGAAGUCGGCAACUUCCGGUCGUGCCCCCAGAAGUCCUGUGAUGACCUCACACAUAUGGCUUAUUGCUUUUUGAAAUUUGCAGGGAAAACAAAUAUCUGACAAGCAGACAGGAGAGACUGACAUGGCAGAGAGAAUGGCAGAAAUGGAGGAAGACAUUGGAGAUCUCCCAGCUGGAGAGGAUGGCAAUGACUCAGACAGAGAUGGGGAUGAUAGAGCUUUUGCUUGGAUGGUAAACGACGAUAUGGAUGAGGAGGAGGAGGAGGAGGAAGAAGAUGAGGAGGAGGAGGUGGAAGAUGAACAACCACUGGACACUGAAGCAUCUGAGUCGUUUGAGUUGGACACCCCGGCUGAGCGCAGUGGUCAUAUAGCAGUGGUUGACAGGAAUAUAAUGUAUGUGUGGGGUGGAUACAAGAAUGCUCAAAACCAUGGAUUCUUUGAUUUGUAUCUGCCAAGAAAUGAGAUCUGGACAUACAACAUGGAGUCAGGAUUAUGGACAAAGCAUGUAGCUGGAGGUAAUCUGCACACAUCCAUGUCAGGCAGCUGUGGGGUGUGUGUCGAUGGAGUCCUCUACCUAUUUGGAGGUCAUCACGCCAGGGGAAACACAAACAGGAUCUACCGCCUGCCACUGAGGGCCCCCAGCCUUGUUUGGGAGGAAAUGAGGGAUCUUAAAGGACUCCCUCCAUCCUGCAAGGACAAGCUAGGGUGCUGGGUUUGGAGGAACAGACUUAUAUUUUUUGGGGGAUAUGGCUACGCUGCGCAGGGACAUCAUCGAGGGACUUUUGAAUAUGAUGAAUCGUCUUCGUUUAUGUGGGACAACCCUGGGCGAGGCUGGAACAAUCACAUCCACAUCCUGGACCUGGAGACAUCUACGUGGAGUCAACCCAUCACCACGGGGAACACCCCGUCACCCAGAGCAGCCCAUGCAUGUGCCACAGUUGGUAACAGAGGAUAUGUGUUUGGAGGACGAUAUAAGAACUACCGGCUAAAUGACCUGUACUAUAUAGACCUGGACACAUGGGAGUGGCAUGAAAUGAGUGUUCCCCAGCAGGGUCCUGUGGGCCGGUCUUGGCACUCCUUCACUCCUGUGUCAUCGGACCACAUCUUCCUGUUUGGAGGCUUCACCACAGACAGAGAGACACUGAGUGAUGCAUGGAUCUACUGUGUGAGUAAAAACGAAUGGAAGACGUUUAGACACAGUCACACAGAGAGCCCCAGACUGUGGCACACAGCAUGCUCUGGUCCUGACGGGGAGGUGUUUAUUUUCGGAGGAUGUGCCAACAACCUGUUAGCCCAUCAAAGAGCUGCUCACAGCAAUGAGUUACUGGUUUUCAACGUUCAGCCCAAAUCACUAGUUCGGUUUUGUAUGGAGGCCGUUCUACAGCACAGGGAGCGUUUGGCUAGUUAUUGGGACUGCUUGCCCAAACACCUCCUGCAGAGCCUCAAACAGAGAAUGGCACGUGUCAACAUACUGGGCUCCUAGGCAGAGAGGAAGCCCAUCAAUCUAGCCCAGAGGAUUACAGGAGGAAUAUGUAUGUAUGGAUGUAUGGAAGAGUGUUACUCUAAAAGCAGCUAGUCCUUUUUUUUUUAGAGCAUUAGUUUAAUGUGUGUGGACAAAAAAAAAUAGUGAACAGCUGUGGAUCUGUCUGAAAUGGGUCCUGACUGGUACACUAAGGUUGGCAGGCAACCCUUAAAGCUGGUUAUAAUAUUUUAUAAAAAAAAUUUCAGGAGGGGUUCUCUCAUCACUUCCUUGGAAAAGCUUUCUGUCCACAUUCAGCAGUAGAUGGAUGUCUACUGCUGUGCUGGGUAAUAAAAUGUAAGGGUGUUUGGAAAAAAGAAAAAAGAUUAUUUUAUUUUAGUUAAAAUGAGGUGUUAAAAUUGUAUUAUCCAGCACAGUAGUAGAUACCUGCAUAACUAACUAAACAAUAAACACAAAAGUCUUCUAACAUGUCUAAAGCUUUUCAGGAAGACUAUUGAAAGGCAACUCUCCGAGAAUGUGAACUGUAUUAUUUAGGGCUAAGGGAAAAGAAUAAAGUUUGGAGAGGGGGGGGCAGGACUUAAGCUUUGUGUUUUAGCUACUCUGUUUCCUCCACAAGAAUAUAGUACAUCCUGCAGUUAUACCCAAGGGUCAAGGGAAUAGUUCUGGUCCUUCAAAAUGGACAAUACAUGCGCCAGUCAGUUGGUUGUAGUGGUUUUCAUGAGUCUUCCUCAGAAAUUGAACCAACUUAAAAUAAGCGUCUAAUGUCUAAAACACUACCUACAGAGGUGUAAGGCUGAUACAGCACAGAUUAUGUUUGGCACGAUCUUGAGUAGCUUGCUUAAGUUCACACAGACCUCAAACUAGUGCUUUAAGCUGUGUACGACUAUCUACUCUGAAGCCACAGAAAUGUUCCUUUUAGUUUUUAUUUGUAUAUAUAGUUAUUUAUAUAAUUGUGAGAAAAGAUGUGGUUUCAUUAUCUGAGGUUUUGAAAGAGGCUUUGAAGCCUUUAAAUUGGCUCCUGUAGCCUUUGAAUCUUAUUUAAUCAAUAACUUGAAAAUACUGCGAGUAUGUUGAUGUUGAGCCACGUUGCACUGAAAUGCCUCAUAUCAGUAGGGCUUUGUUUGUAUUUGCCUGGUUUGCACAAUGUUCCAUUGGUGUUUUUUAUUGUAGAAUACAAAGCCUACUGUUAACUUUGUACUCAAAGAAUAAACACAUACCACAAAGUUUUGUUCCAUUA